AGAAAGAUCUAGCGUCAUCAGCACGUAUUAUCCGUCUAUCCGCCCUCUUUACUGCGCGUUUGAUUUCCCCCGCUCCCCCGCCCUGCGGCAAUUCGACUUUUAAUGAACUCAGAAUGCAUUCACAUGGUUUUACUCACCUCAUGAUUUUUUUUUUUAAUUUUUUUUCCCCCGGCUCCGCUCCGCGUGCGCCGGGCGGGAGGAGCCGGGCGGUGCCAGGGGGCGCUGGCGGGGCCGGGCGCUCCUCCCUCGGCGGGCGGGGCGCCGGCACCGGGAACGGGAAGGGGAACGGGGCCAUGGCCGGGCCUGAGGCCGCGGGUGCUGCCGCCGCCUCUGCUGAGGGGAGCGAAGCCGGGAAUGGCGGCCGCGAUGGCUACGACGGGAAGUGCGUGUUCUGCAGGAUCGCCCGCCGGGAGGAGCCGGGCACGGCGCUGCUCCCCUGCGAGGAUGAAGACCUUGUCUGCUUCAGAGAUAUAAAACCCGGUGCCCCCCACCAUUACCUGGUGGUGCCCGUGAAGCACAUGGGAAACUGCAAAACACUGAAGACAGAGCACAUACCGCUAGUGAAGAGAAUGAUGGAAGUUGGAAAAGCUGUUCUCCAGAAGAAUAAUUUUAGUGACUUGAAUGAUGUAAGAAUGGGUUUUCACUGGCCUCCCUUCUGCUCAAUAGCCCACUUGCAUCUUCACGUCCUGGCCCCAGCCAGUCAGCUGGGGUUCUUUUCCAGGCUCUACUACAGAAUCAAUUCCUACUGGUUUAUCACGGCUGAACAACUGAUCGAGAGACUGCAAACUGAAAAUGCUGCCAGCUGAAAGCUUGGUCUUUGGGCUCUGAUUUAAGGUUGCACAGUUUGAUGUUGCCAAUAAUAUCCCCAGAUAAAAAAAGCUUUAGUUCCUUAUGAGGAAGUACACACAGAAUUUGUAGCUGCUAACCUAAUUCUUCCAUUUGGAUAUAUCAGUCUGUAUACUUCCCUGGCAACAGUGUGAUGUAUUUUAGUUAUAAUUUUAUAUUUGUGUAGAUAUAUACAUAAUACACACACACACAUGCACACAGGCAAGAGUUACCUGACUUGUUUGCAUCAAAGUGACACAUUAAACAUGAAUACAAUAUGUGUCCAAAAUGCUGUAUAAUAUAGAAUAUAGUUUGUAUAAAUAGACCUAAAGAUUUUUUCCCUCUUACAUGCAAAAUGUUUCAAAUUAGUUACUGUAUGUUUACAAAGAAUGUGAAGAGUUCAGAAGAAUGGAUUUAGUAUACUGCUCUUCUGCAUUGCAGUAGAUAGAAAAAUCCAGAUUUUUUGAUCUUAUUCUCACUGAAAGUCCCUUGCAGAUUACUAAUGCCUUGGCCAAAUUUGGAUUCUAAAUGAAGUCAUAAGAGAAGCCGGUCUGAAAUGCAGUGUGUGUGGCAGACUUACGUAAGGGCAAUGUGAUUUGACUUUGGGAUAGCAGGGACUCAGCCCAAAAUUGGAACAUGCCAAGUUGCUUAAGGAACCUGCUGAACAUUUGCCUUUGCUGCAUGACUCUAAUCAGGAAUGCUAGCACUUGUUUUUCAGUACCAUAAUAAGGCAGACUGUUUGACAAGUUAAAACUCCAGAACACAUGGAGUGGAUUUUCUUUGUCCACAGGGCUUGUCUUGGUGCCGAACUAACCAAGUGUCCUUGCCUGCUGCAUUCAGAUGCAGCUGAGGUGAGAACAUCUGUUGCAUCUGAACAUACUCGGUCUUUUCCAUGGAUCCAGCACCUGUUGCCUUAGUGACACGUGUUGCAAUAUUUUUACAGUACUUCAGAGGAUCUGCAUCCUUCUGAAGAACUGCAUUUUCUACCUGGCAGAGUUUACACCUCUCUGUCUGUAAGAUCUUCUUCCUAAAGUCUUGUUAUUCUUAUUAGUGGGCACUCGCAUGUCACUUGCAGCCCUUUAGAGUUUUAAUAUGUUAUAUUUGGUAGGAAAAGUGUGACUUAAAGCCACCGAAUUUUGAUUGUGCAAUAGAUAAAGAGGUUUGAGCUGGCUCCUAACUGAGUGAAAUACCUGAACAUUAAGGAUUUUCAAGAGUUAAUCCUGUGUAUUUGUUCUGAUCUGUAAUUAAUGUAUGUAACUGUACUGAACUGUGACAUGUAAUGUAAUAUUUAAAAUAUCAGUGUGAACUGUUGUCAAAAAGGAUUAAUAAAUGCUAAUCUUGGGAUGAUUUUCCA